AUGGAAGAUUCCUCUAUGGAAAUAGUGUUCAAGCUGCAAGGGCUAAAUGAAACAACAACGAACAAACAGAUCUACUUUGCCUUCACUCUUCUCUCUUACCUCUUUACUAUUUUUGUGAACUUGACUCUGAUUGUGACAAUUUUCCUGGAGAAAAUGCUCCAUGAGCCCAUGUACAUUUUCCUGUGUAACUUGUGUAUAAAUGGAAUAUUCGGUGCAUCUACUUUUUAUCCAAAGCUGUUUAUUGACUUUUUAUCUGACAUGCAUGUUAUUUCAUAUAUAGCAUGUAUGGGUCAAAUGUUUGCAAUCUACAGCUAUGUGUUCUGUGAAUUCACCACUUUAACAGUGAUGGCUUAUGACAGGUAUGUCGCAAUAUGUAAACCAUUGAACUAUCACUCCAUCAUCACACCUCGGAGGGUGAUGAAACUGCUGCUAAUUACCUGGCUGUUCUCUCUCUGCGAGUCAGCAAUAGGGAUGAGUCUUGUCACCCGACUGCCUCUCUGUGGAUUCGACAUCGAUAAGCUGUACUGCACAAACUGGGCAGUGGUGAAGCUGUCAUGUGCGGAUACUACGGCGAACAACAUAUAUGGGUACAUUCUCAUAGUUUCUCAUAUUUUACAAGCACUGCUGAUCAUGGUUUCCUACAUCCACAUCAUCAGGGCCUCUGUGCGAUCCCGGGCAGAACAGAACAAGUUCAUGCAGACCUGCUUGCCCCAUUUAAUCAGCUUAACCAACUUCACCAUUGCACUCGCAUUUGAUGUCCUGUACGCUCGCUACGGCUCCAGCAGCCGUCUGCAGUCUUUCCGUAAUUUCCUGGCUGUGGAGUACCUCAUCGUUCCACCGCUUCUCAACCCCCUCAUUUAUGGCAUAAAACUGAAUCAGAUCCGUACAAGAAUUAUGAGAUUGUGCAGCCGAAAAAUUCAUGCUGUAAAAUGA